AGUUUGCCAUGUCUCCACCCGCUACAGCAUGUUUUCAAGCAAUGUCAGGAAACAAAACAUUAUUGCGGUUUGUAAUUGACAAAGCACACUGUGUUGACACAUGGGGACAAAGCUUUAGACCAUCAUAUGCUCAGCUCAGUACACUUAAGCACUUUAACCGACCCACUGUGGCGUUUACAGGAACUGCAACAAACCAAACAAAGCAGAGAAUUGUGGAGAAACUAGGCUUCGUUCAACCUGUUGUUCUUCAAUCAACCUGUAAUAGGGGCAAUUUGGUUUUCAGAGUACUCAACAAAAGUGGUCCACAUGCCAAAGAAGAUAUAGUCAAGCAUGUUCAAGAAAAUUUCUUAAAUGUUUGUGGUAUUGUGUACUGUUUUAGUACCAAAGAUACUGUUGAGUUGGCCUACAUAUUUAAAUCCAAAGGUUUUCAUGUGUAUAUUACCAUGGUCAACUUGAUUACUUUGAGAGAACUGACAAUGCUCGAGCUUGGUUAUCAGGAAAGGCACAGGUAA